GGGACAUAGAUUCUGACAUUCAGUUGCAAACAAGUUCGAUCUCCUUCGAAUAUCCCCCAUUCUCAUCUCGUCCCACAGAAAGUUCAAACGAGUUUUCUCGUGGGCGCGUCGUGAAAAAAAGAAAAGAAAAACUCAAAACCAGACUGAGUUGAAUUAAGAAAAAAAUGGGGCAGCAACAAUCUAAAGACGAAUUGCUGUAUCAACAAGUUAAUUACGGCAAUAUCGAAGGCAUCAAAUCUCUUCGCAGCGAUGGCGCUGGCCUUGAGUGGAUUGAUAAAGAAGGGAAGACUCCGCUUAUUUUAGCUUGUAUGAACCCGGAGCUUAUUAAUGUUGCCAAAACUUUGAUAGAAUUGGGUGCCAAUGUUAAUGCUUAUCGCCCCGGUCGUCAUGCCGGGACUCCUCUGCAUCAUGCUUCAAAAAGAGGUCUUGAACAGACAGUUAAGUUGCUUAUUUCCCAUGGAGCAAAUGCUUUGAUGAUGAAUGAUGAUUGUGUAUCUCCACUUGGUGUUGCAAGAGAGAAAGGGUAUGCCAACGUUGUCCGUGCAAUCGAGGGCCAUAUCUGUUUGUUCUCAGGUUGGCUGCGCGAAUUUUAUGGGCCGGGCUUUCUUGGACUACUUGCUCCUCAAUUGCUUUCGAGAAAAGUUUGGGUUGUUAUAUUGCCAUGUGGUUCACGUAAUUUCACAAGGCCAUUGAAGUUGGAACUUGCAAUAUAUGUCAGUCCUCAGGAUGCACAGCCUCGAACCACUAUAGCAUUAUGGAAAGCCAAUUUGGAGGAACCAAAAUAUAACCAGGCUGAUUCUUCAGUGGUCAUUUCCGAUAUAUCCAACAACAAGUCACUACUUAAACUUGGUCCCGUUGAUGAGAGUGACAAAGAACAGUUGAAGCGGUUUUGUAAUGCUUGUAAGGGAAUUCCCCAGGUUGUGCAUGCUUUUCAUCCACAAGCACCGACUGUCCUGGUAAGUGCCCCACCAGUAAAAGAAGAUAUGGAACUAGCUAUGGCGAUCAAUGCCUCCCUUCAGUCAUCUAUGCAGGAGUCUCAGGUUAUUAGUAGCCAACUUGGUUCAGGAGGACACGCGUCUACAAGUGGGACUACUCCUACAGAUGAUAUCAGUUACAACUGUUCUGUUGAUCCUAGUUUGCCUGCGUCUCAUAAAGGAUCCACCAGUAAAUCAGAAGUCCAGGAAGUAAUUCCGAGUGGAAAUUCUGAUAGCCAGAGUGGGAUCCAGUCUUUUGUUCCAACAACACUCGAGAGUCUGAAUCCAGCCCCAUCCCCUUCAGCUCCACCUAUGGCAGAUGCUGAAUUUGAUGCUGGUCCGAUCCAUUAUCCAUCAAUCGAUUCGUCGCUUGUUGACUUGUCCUCUCCAGCUACUGAGAGUUUACCUACUGCAGCAGUUGGAAAAAAACAAGAUGAUGAAGCUUCUUCAUCGUGUGUAAUAUGUUUAGAUGCCCCAGUUGAGGGAGCUUGUAUCCCAUGUGGUCACAUGGCUGGAUGCAUGUCAUGUUUGAAUGGUAUCAAAGCAAAGAAAUGGGGUUGUCCUGUUUGCCGUGCCAAAAUUGAUCAGGUGAUACGGUUAUAUGCUGUUUGAUUGUUGGAGCAAGAUCUGAAUGAAGCUGUAAAUGUACCUAAUCCUGAUGGUAGGAGGCAAUGAGGCAUCAUCAAGAAGAGCCUCCCGCUUGAUAUGGCCCUUAAAGUUAUACGGCUGCUUUAUCGAAAGGAGAAAAAGAAGUAGCUAGUACAAAUCUGGUUACCAAAAUUGUGGAUCUACAUAUGUUUAUGUUGGUAAGUAAUGGAAUCAAAACAAAAUCAUUGUUCCCAUUGUUGGUUUUUCCCCAUCAUUGAUAUCAGCUUUAGAUUUUUUGUAAAGGUUAUUGUAAAUCGGAUCGGAUACGAUGUAAAUCUUGUUAAAUGUGCAUAUCUAAGUUUUGUAUGGUUUUGUUUUCUCAA